ACGCUGCUUAGUUCCUCUCGUGUGCCCGCGCAGAGAGCAGUAUGCGUGGCCCCUGCUCCUCCUGGCUGCGUCUGUGAGCUUUCCCUGGUGUGUGCUUCUUGUGACACAAUGGAAAAGGCCUUACUUAAAUUUCUCCUCACCGUCGGCUUCACUGCGGGCCUCUCCUUCAUGCCAGAGGUUCAGCAUAUGAAUCUUACUACUGGAGGAGUACAGUGCACGGACCAACAGUUUGCCUGCCACGACGGACUUAAAUGCAUCCCCAAGUCCCACAAGUGUGACUUCUCCCCAGACUGCCUGGACGCCUCCGAUGAGCCCGAGGACUGCCCGCGGCGGGAAUGCAGAACCUUCACGUGCAACAUCACGGGGAAGUGUCUGCCGCAGGGGUGGGUGUGUGACGGCGAGGCGGACUGUGGCGCCGAGGACAACUCAGACGAAGAUAACGCGCUGUGUAAGAAGGGGAACACCUGCCCGCUUAACUACUACAGGUGCCAGGACGCCAUCACGUGUAUAUUUCUGAGGAAGGUGUGUGACGGACGUUAUAACUGCCCGGAUAGAAGUGACGAGGGGACAUUCUGCGAGGAGACAAAUCUGUGCGAGUCGAGAUCCUGUGCCCACAGCUGCCGACCCACUGGUGAGGGGCCACAGUGCUUCUGUCCUGACUGGCAGCAACCUAAUGGAACCAGAUGUGUUGAUGCUAAUGAGUGUGAGAGGGAGGGUUCGUGUGACCAGAUGUGCACGAACAGGGAGCAAGGGUUCUCCUGCACCUGUGGUCUGGGCUAUGACCUGGUGGGCAUCUCUCACUGCCGUGCCAAGAAUGUGCCGCCAUACGAGCCGGCUACGCUCCUCUAUGCCAGCAACUCUGGCCUGGCACGGCUGUACCUCAAUGGAUCUGCCAUUCCUGGUAACACGCGCUUCAAUCUGAGAUUUGCUGUCAACAUGGACUUCAACCACAGGAAUAACUCGGUGUGCUGGGUCAAUGCCAACAGCACAUGGUCAUCCUUCCAGUGUGCGUUGGCAGAUAAUCUGAACGACACGUGGCUCAUCCCGCAGCCAUCCCAGCACGGCCUUGGCUACGUGAAUGACAUUGCACAGGACUGGGUGACAGGAAACUGGUACAUCCUGGACCAGCGGGAGAUGAUCUUCCUAUGCAAUGCCACCAUGCGGGUCUGCCUCACACUGCUCGAUGGCAUGAUGAAUGAACCGCGAGGCAUUGCUCUUGACCCUAUCACCGGGUACAUGUUCUUCACCAACUGGGGCACCAGACAACCCAUGCUGGAGCGGGCACUCAUGGAUGGCACCAGGAAGAUGUCCCUCGUGAACACCAAGAUUGUGUACCCGUUUGGUGUGACGGUGGACUUCCCCAACCAGCAUGUGUACUGGGUGGAUGGCUACCUCAGCCAUGUGGAGAGAGUGGACUACAAUGGGGAGAACAGACGAAUCAUAUUGAAGCUUAAGACUGAUGAGAGUCCAUAUGGAAUCUCAGUGUUUGAAAAUUUCCUGUACGUCACCAGCUGGAAGGACGACAGCAUCAAGCGCAUUGGGAGGUUCCAGAGCCACAAUGUCACCACCUUCCCCACCAACCUGAUGGAGCCUAUGCACAUCCAUGUCUUCCACCGCCAGAGACAGCCUGAGGUGGUUCAUCCAUGUGGUCAGAGGAACGGUGGCUGCCAGCACAUCUGCAUCCCGCUGUGGGAAGGCAGGCGACCUGUGGCCUCAUGCCGCUGCCAGCCAGGACACAUUCUGGCACCUCAAGGAUCUGGAAACUGUGUAGCGUUUCAGCCUCAGGCCUUCCUCAUCUAUGCCAAGGGCAGACCAGGAAUGAUCAAAGGCCUGAAUCUAGACAGAGAAGAUAAUUCUGAGGUCAUGAUUCCCAUCACUUCCCUCACCCGCCCUACCACACUGGACUAUGAUGUACGGACGCAGUUUAUUUACUAUGCAGACAUUCAGAGAUUUGUCAUUGAGCGCAGAAAUCUCAAUGGAACAGUAAGGGAGCCUGUGGUGACCUCUGCUGUCUUUAACAUUGAAGGGCUGGCGGUGGACUGGAUGGGCAGGAAUAUUUACUGGACGGAUGAGGGAGUGUCUUCAAUAUAUGUUUGCUCAAUGGAAAACCCAGAGAAACGUAAGAUGUUGUUGCACGGAAACCUGACCAAUGCCCGAGCCAUCGUGCUCAACCCCAGGGACGGCUACAUGUACUGGUCUGUGUGGCACUUCACCUCCCGGGGCAGGCAGGCCACCACCGCCAGCCAGAGUGUCAUUGAGCGUGCCUGGAUGGAUGGCUCGCACCGGGAGCCCUUUGUCAUCUCUGAGCUACAGUGGCCCAACGGCCUCACUAUUGAUUUCAAGGAAGGCUUUCUGUACUGGUGCGACGGCUACCACAGGGUGAUUGAGAGAGUGAAGCUCGAUGGCAGUGGGCGUGAGGUGGUGUUGAGAGGCUCGGUGAUGAGUCACCCCUACGGCAUCGCCUACCAUGAAGGAUUCAUCUACUGGUCAGAGUUCCAGAGUGGUGCAAUUAAGCGUGUCAAGCUGGGCAAUGAUGAAGACCCUGAGCAGCUCAAGCAGGAGAGCCCUUACAUAUUUGACCUGAAAGUCUUCACUAACAGCAGCCAGCAAGAUGGCAAUGACUGUACAAAUGGAACCCUGCAGUGUAUGGACUUGUGCCUAGCCACCCCAGAGGGCCCUGUGUGUGUCUGUGCCAAAGGCCGCCAGCCCAGCGCCACUGACCCCAAGCAGUGUGUUACCAUUGCUAAUUUCACAGAACCAAGUCUGUGCAAUGAGAGACAGUUCCAGUGCAAGAAGAAUUUGCGUUGUAUUGACAAACGUUACAUCUGUGAUGGCGACAAUGACUGCAUGGAUGGCAGUGACGAAGACUCUUCCCCUGGCGGCGCCUGUGAAUAUGCCCAGUGCAAACACGAUAUGUUCAAGUGUGGCAACAACCAGUGCAUUGAUCCCCACUGGGUUUGUGAUGGCGACCCAGACUGUGCCAACGGCUCGGACGAGAGUGAGGAGAAGUGCCUCGUGCUGCAAUGCUCGGCUGACAAGUUCAGGUGCAAGGUGUCUGGCCACUGCAUCCCCCACUCCUGGGUGUGUGACAUUGACAGAGACUGUGGACCAGAGGACGACUCAGAUGAACACUCGUCUUGUGAUUAUGCAGAGUGUGAUAUGAUGGAUUUCAAGUGCGAUAACAAGCGGUGCAUUAAGUCCCUAUACGUCUGUGAUGGUGAUAAUGACUGCCGAGAUGAAAGUGAUGAGAAAUUCUGUGAUCAAAUCUGUGCCAACACCACCUCAUCAGGCUCUGCAGUAUCUCCACUCUGUGCCAAUGUGUGCCAGAACAUCACAGACACAGCUGUGUGUGCUGACACUGUGGGCUGCACACCUUGUAGUGGCUUCAGCACCUGUCUGGCUGUGUACCAAGUGUGUGACAAGGAGCUCAACUGUCCAGACGGCAGUGAUGAGAGGAACUGUGAGGACAUGACAUGCUCUGAGAGCGAAUACAUGUGCCUCAGGACAAGAGAGUGCAUUCCUAAAGACCUCAAGUGUGAUGGGAAUCCUGACUGCACUGACUUAUCAGAUGAAGUGUCUUGUGAAAAUAUUACCUGUUCACACAGUGAUUGGAAAUGCACCACCAAGCACCAGUGCAUCCCUGAAAUAUGGAAGUGUGAUGGAGAGAAGGACUGUCAUGAUGGCACUGAUGAAGAGAACUGCCAAAACACCACCAUCAAAUGCCCCUUGCCCGGCCACAUAUGUGACAAUUUCACUCGCUGUGUCCAGCCUGACACACUCUGUGAUGGACACAAUCACUGCAAGGAUGGCAGUGAUGAGGGCGGGCGCUGUGGAGAGUCUGAUUGUGAGGUGAUGGAGUGUGAGAAGAACUGUACUCAGGGUCCAGGUGGGCCUGUGUGCACUUGUCCCACUGGCCAGACUCUGCUGCCUGACGGACGGAUGUGCUCACACCUUCACCCCUGUGACCAGUGGGGCACCUGCUCCCAGAAAUGUGUACCCACCAGACACAUGCACAAAUGUACCUGUAUUGAGGGGUACAUGAUGGAGCCUGACCACUUCACCUGCAAAAGUACAGAUCCUGCCAUUCCCUACGCCAUCUUCAGCAACCGUCAUGAGCUGCUCAGCAUCACACUCAACAACAAGGGGAUGGGCGUGAAGGCACUCAUCUCCUCCCUCAAGAACACCAUUGCUCUUGAUUUCUUUCAUUCUGAUGAGGGAGAUGCCAUAUUCUGGACAGACAUUGUGGAUGAUAAGAUAUACAAAGGAACUCUCUUGGCUGGAGUGCUGACCAAUAUAGAGGUGGUGGUGCAGACUGGGCUGUCCACUGCUGAAGGGUUGGCGGUGGACUGGAUGGCUGAGAACCUGUACUGGGUGGAGAGCAACCUGAACCAGAUUGAGGUAGCCAAGCUCAAUGGGUCAUACAGACGAACACUCAUCACCUCAGACAUGGAGAACCCCAGAGCCAUCUCUCUUGACCCCAGAGUUGGCAUGAUCUUCUGGACUGACUGGGAGAAAAACAAGUCAAGAAUUGAGUCAAGCAGCAUGUCGGGUGAGGGGCGGCAUGUGGUGGUGUGGAUCAAUGCGGAGGAGGGUGGGGGCUGGCCCAACGGACUCACCCUGGACUAUGCCCUGCGCAGGAUUUACUGGACUGAUGCAAAGUCUGACUCCAUCCACACUGCAUUCUAUGAUGGCUCAGAUCACAGGAAGAUAAUUGAGAAGCACCACCUCCUGUCCCAUCCAUUUGCCAUCACACUGUAUGGCAACUAUGUGUACUGGACUGACUGGAAGACCAACUCAGUCAUAAGAGCCAACAAGUUCCAUGGUACAGAGGUGGAAGAUGUGGAGCGAACCAUCACCCAGCCGUUUGACAUCCAGAUUCUUCAUCCAAGCCGCCAACCCCGAGAUGGUCCUAAUCCAUGCAAGGAAAAUAAUGGAGGAUGCUCUCACCUGUGUCUGCUGAGCUUCAAUGGGACUCGGCAAUGCAACUGUCCCCACAUCAUGAGUCUCGGCUCAGACAACAUGACUUGCACUCAAAAUGAGAAGGUGCUGCUGUUUUCCCUUGGUAAUGAGAUCCGAGGGGUUGACCUGACCAAGCCAACACAUGACAUCAUCCCCCGUAUCCCAUCCCCUAAGGUGAAGCAUGUCCUGGCCAUGGACUUCGACGCCAGCAGGAAGAGAAUAUACUGGGCUGAUGCUGACAUCAAUAAAGUGAUGAGGGUGAGUUUGACUGGCUCCCUCAUUGAGACUGUCAUUGACACGGUGCUCACUGCCCCCUCUGGCCUUGCGAUUGACUGGUUGUCAGGGAACAUGUUCGUCACCUCCUUGGGGACCCCAAAGCAAAUCAGUGUGGCAACCUUGGAUGGCGAGUUUCUGAUACCGAUCAUCAAAGAUAAUCUAACCCAUCCCUUGUCCCUUGCUAUAGAUCCAUUCAAUGGCAGGAUCUUCUGGUCAGACACCGGGGAGAAUGAAGGAGUGUUCAUGGCAACGAUGGUGGGGAGUGAUGUGACAGUGGUGUCCUCGCCGAAAAAUAACCCAUUGCUGUCUAAUGCCUCCAGCCUUUCUUAUGACUCAAAGGACAGACGUCUCUAUUGGGUCAACCUGGGCACAAACACUAUUCAGUACAAAGAUCUGGAAAGAAACAGUAUUUUCAACCUUGAGGCUCGCUCUCCCAAUUACAUAAUCAGGCCAGAAGCCUUUGUUGUUUACCAAGAUUUUGUUUACUUUGCUAAUAGUUCAGGUACUAUUUGCAAGAUGAACAAGACCAGUGGGAAUCAGUUUGAAGUGGUCAGGUCUGGACUGGGGAAGAUUCUUUCCCUUAAGAUAUACGAUGGGUCAGUACAGACUGGCAGUAACGCCUGCACUCAGAACACUCUGUUGUGUGCUCACCUGUGCCUGCCCACACAGAAGACCACCAAGGAAUGCCGCUGUGCUGUUGGCUACAAGGUGGACAGAAAGGUCCACACACGAUGUAUUGGGGACGAUGGUAUUCUCAUAUACUCCAGUGAUCUUGGACUGAAUGGACUGAGUGUGAUAUCUCCUCUGACCAGUGCAGGGACAGUUGGAGAGGCCUUGACUUCAAUACCAGCUGUGGGCUCAGCCACAAGGCUUGACUUUCACUCACAACAAGACCUGAUUGUGUGGGCAGACAGCAACAAGGGAACCAUUACCACCAUUGGCAGGGAUGGUACCAACCGGCAAGUCAUUGUGAAGGACUCGAAGGGCAUUGAGGGCAUUGCAGUGGACUGGGUGGCCAACAACCUGUACUGGACAAACCCUCGAGACAAUGUCAUUGAGGUGUGUCGCCUUAAUGGGUCUGAGCACUUUGUAAUCCUUGCUAAUGAUUUGGAGGUGCCGGGAGCCAUUGUGGUGAGUCCCAGCACUGGUUUCCUGUACUGGGUGGACCACGGUGCCAGUGGGGCAAGGAUUGAACGGGCAACUCUUGAUGGAGGGAACCGGAGCAUUCUGGUGAAUGAGUCACUUCAGUAUCCAGUGGACUUGACAGUGGAUAUUGAAGGCAACCACUUGUACUGGGUGGACCGCAGAGCCAAGACACUGGAGCGGGUGGACCUGGAUGGCACAGGACGGACGGUCUUGCUGGACGACACGACUCUCCAACAACCUGUGGCUGUCUUUGCUUACAAUAACAACAUCUACUGGGCUGACAAAGGGUAUGCAGGUGGCUCUGUGAGGACAGCUCCUGAGGGCAACCUGGGGCGGGUGUCAACACUGAAGGACAGCCUGGGGGACUCUGUGAAGGACGUGAUCAUCAUGAACUCUGACACCCAGAUUGGCAUCAACCAGUGUGCUGUGAACAAUGGCGGCUGCGAGGAACUCUGUCUGUUCAACGGCACACAUGCCAACUGCAAGUGUUACCAUGGACAGGUUGACACUAAUGGCAAGUCAUGCAAAGAGUAUGAGGCUUUCCUCAUGUUCUCGACCAUCACUGCCAUUGACAGUGCGCACAUGUUUGAUGAAAAAGAACCCAACACUCCCUUGAAGAAGAUCACCUCCAACCUCAUGAAGAACGCCAUCAGCUUGGCCUUUGAGUAUUCCACCAAACGUGUCUUCUACUCAGACAUCCAGAAGGGAAGCAUCAACACAGUCUUCUUCAAUGGAUCUGGCCACAGUGUCCUUGUUGAGAAGCAGGGUUCAGUGGAGGGUUUGGCAUUUGACGAAAAGGACCGAGAUCUCUACUGGACCUGCCAGAGUGACCCGGCCAUCAACCGCAUGAGUGUGGACCCCAGCAGACAGCACAAGUUUGUGCAAAAAAUUGUCCAUCUUGAGCCAGGGGACAAACCAAGAGGCAUUGUGGUUGACGGCUGUGAACGCCAGAUCUACUGGACUAACUGGAACUCUGAGGCUCCAUCCAUCCAGUGCUCCUAUGUGAGCGGCAUUGGCCUCAAGUCCAUUGUGACCACACACAUCCGCAUGCCCAACAGUCUGGCCAUUGACCACAUGGCACAGAAGCUGUACUGGGGAGAUGCACGCCUGGACAAGAUUGAACGUUGCAAUUUGGAUGGCUCAGACAGGGUGAUACUGCUCAAGAUCACUCCCAGUCACCCAUUUGACCUGGCGCUGUACGGGGACUACAUUUUCUGGACAGACUGGGUGCUGCGUGGUGUGGUGCGAGCCAACAAGUACACUGGGGAGGAGGUGGUGAGGCUGCGCAAGAAUGUGGAUUGGCUCAUGGGCAUCGUGGCUGUGGCCAAUGACACCAAUGCAUGUGAUGCCAACCCAUGCCACAUCUUGAAUGGUGGGUGUGAGGACAUCUGCCAGCUAGAUGAGCGGGCGCAGGUGCAGUGCCGCUGCUCACCAGGCCGAACGCUGCUGGCUGAUGGCCGCCGUUGUGCGGUCAGGGUGGCCAAUUGCACUGAUGACCAGUUUGAAUGCAGUGUUGGCUUCUGCAUCCCUUACACUUACUCAUGCGAUGGAGUGCAAGAGUGUCCUGAUGGAUCUGACGAAGAUGAGCAGCACUGCAUGACUCGCACCUGCCGGGAGAAUUAUUUCUCCUGCGGCAACGGCCCCUGUGUGCCCAAGGAGUCGGUAUGUGACCGGCGUGCCAACUGUCCCAACUUCAGGGAUGAGAGUGAUUGUGAUUGCAAUGAGGAUGAGUUCCGGUGCCACACAUCAGGUUUUUGCAUCAACGCUGGGCUGAGGUGUGACUUUGACCCAGACUGUCUUGAUGCCAGUGACGAGAUGGGCUGUGAGAAGACUAACUGCUCCACCUAUGUCCUGGAUGGGUUCAACAGCUCUGAGCUGAUCAACUGUGCCAACACCACACACUGCAUCCACCCCAAGUGGCUUUGCGAUGGUGCUAAUGACUGCUGGGACAACUCAGAUGAACUCAACUGCACCUCAAUAACUGAGCCGGUGGAGAGCUCGUCAUGCCCCAACGGAACCUUCCAGUGCAAGAAUGGGCGGUGCGUUGCUGUGAUCUUUGUGUGCAAUGGUGAGAACGACUGCCAGGACGAGGAGGACGGAGGGCAGCCCAGUGAUGAAGCCACUUGUGUCUACUCCUGUGCUGAGGAGUAUUUCAAAUGUGAAGACAGCAAUUGCAUACCCCGGACGUGGGUGUGUGAUGGCCACAAUGACUGUCCGGAUGGCUCAGAUGAACCUCCUGACUGUGCAGAAUCAAAGGUGUGCAAGGAGGAGGAGUUCAACUGUACUGGCACAGGGCGAUGCAUCUCCAAGCAGUGGGUGUGUGAUGGGGAUUAUGAUUGUGAGGGGGGGGAGGAUGAGAACCUCCCUGAGGGCUGCCCUGACCCCCCACCACUCAUCUGUGCUGCUGGCCAGUUUUCCUGCCCUAUCUAUGACCGCUAUGACCGCCGCUGCAUCUUGGAGUCCUACUACUGCGAUGGACACAAGGACUGUUGGGAUGGCAGUGACGAGCCGGACUCCUGCAUCCCCCACACCUGCCUCAAGUCGCAGUUCACAUGUGGCGGUGACGUUCUGAAGUGUAUCCCAGAUGUGUGGGUCUGCAAUGGCCGGCCGGACUGUGACGAUGCCUCGGAUGAAGCCAACUGCAGCACCAAUGUCACCACCCUGAACAGCAGCUACUGUCCCCAGGGAAUGUUCAGGUGCAAGAAUGGCAUCUGUCUCGAGUACACAUACCUCUGCAAUGGCCAUAAUGACUGUGGUGACUUCUCAGAUGAGGACCUUUGCAAUGUGAAUGAGUGUGAGCUGCCCAACCUGUGCCUGCACAAGUGUAUUGACAAGGCCAUCGGCUAUUCCUGUCAGUGCUACGAGGGUUACAUCAACAACGCCAAUGACUCCAGAGUGUGUGAGGAUGUGAAUGAGUGUGAGGAGUCUCCGUGUCCUCACUUUUGCCACAACACGCAUGGCUCCUACCACUGUGGCUGUGCUGAGGGCUAUGUGGCCGAGGACAAUGGCCAUGUAUGCCGAGCAAACUCCUCGGUGAAACCCACACUGAUCUUCACCAACCGCUAUGUGAUUCGGGAGAUGGAUCUUAAUGGCGCCAACAGUCGGCCGCUGGUGGCCAACCUCACCAACGCUGUGGGGCUUGACUACGACAUCCAGGAGAACUGCAUCUACUGGUCGGAUGUCACCCACAUCUCAUCCUCCAUCAAGAAAAUGUGCAAGAACUCUAAGCCAAUGGUGUUGCAUUCAGCAGUGCAGAGUCCAGAUGGCAUUGCACUGGACUGGGUUGGCCGCAACCUGUACUGGUGUGACAAGGGGAAGGACACCAUUGAAGUGUCAAAGCUGGAUGGGCAGUACCACAAGGUGCUUAUCAACCAGAGCCUGCAGGACCCUCGUGCCAUUGUGCUGGAUCCCUACAAAGGGUAUUUGUACUGGACUGACUGGGGCAACCAACCACACAUCGGCAAGGCAGGAAUGGAUGGGUCACAGCAAAAGAUCAUUGUCAGCAGCUCUCUAGCUUGGCCCAAUGCUCUCACAAUAUCCUAUGUCACCAAGGAGCUUUUCUGGGCAGAUGCCCACCAGGACUACAUCGCCUGCUCGGACCUUGACGGCAACAAUAUAAAGAAGAUCAAGACAAGAGACACAUCUCCAAGGCACCUCCACCACAUCUUUGCUAUCACAGUCUUUGAGGAUUACCUGUACUGGACUGACUGGGAGCUCAAGGGUGUCCUCAAGGCUGAGAAAUACACCGGCAAGAAUGUUCAGACCAUCUUCUACACCACCAACCGGCCCAUGGACAUCCACGUAUACCACCCUUACCGUCAGCUCCCCUUGAAAGACAACCCUUGCGAGAAUAACGGAGGCUGUGACACCAUGUGCUUGCUGGCUCCAGGUGGUGGCAAGACCUGCACCUGCCCAGAGAACUUUGUGCUGGAGGAGGAUGGCGUGUCCUGCCGCAACAACUGUGUCUCGUCCAUGUUUGUGUGUAAAGACGUGUAUAAAUGCAUCCCGUUCUGGUGGAAAUGUGACACUCAGGAUGACUGCGGGGACAACUCUGAUGAGCCAGCAGACUGUCCUCCCUUCAACUGCACACCAGGCCAGUUCCAGUGUAACAAUGGCACCUGCAUCCAUCCCUCUCAGAUCUGUGACAACAUCAAGCACUGCCCUGAUGGUUCUGAUGAACCUAACUGUGACGAGUAUGUGUGUAUACCAUCACAGUUCAAGUGUCCACCAUACAAUGGUUCCCAUGCAUACUGUAUUGCCAGCAGUCAUAAGUGUGAUGGCAAGCAGGACUGUCCUGGCGGUGAGGAUGAGUUGGACUGUCCGGUACUGUCUUGUUCUUCUGACUGGUUCUCGUGCAACAACUCCAAGUGCAUCCCUGAGGUGUGGGUAUGUGAUGGUGACCAGGACUGUGUUGAUGGCUCUGAUGAGAUGCCAGACUGCAACACCCGCCAGUGUCCAGAGGGGAAGUUCAGGUGUAAUAAUGGCAGGUGCAUCCCUCUCUCCUGGAAGUGUGACAGUGAGAACGACUGUCCAAACCAGGAAGAUGAGAAUAAUGAGGAGUGCAAAGGAACCCACACCUGUGAACAGUCUCAGUUCAAGUGUGAUAACAGCAAAUGUAUUCCCUUCCACUGGAAGUGUGACGGUGAGGACGACUGCCCUGACCAAUCCGACGAAACUGACUGUCCUGUGAAGAACUGCACCAGCACAGAGUACCGGUGUGAUGAUGGAAGGUGCAUAGAUAGGAAGAAUGUGUGUGAUGUCAUUCAGCACUGUAAUGAUGGCAGUGAUGAGAAGGACUGCGAUGUGUCAUGCAACAAUAAGACCAUGUUCAGAUGUAAGACGACACCACUCUGCAUAUACAAAGCUUGGAGGUGUGAUGAAGAUCCUGACUGCGCUGAUGAAUCCGAUGAACAGAAUUGCAAUGGAACUUGUGGGCCGGAGUACUUCCAGUGCAGCAAUAGCCAGUGUAUUGUCAACCUGUGGGUGUGUGACGGUGAGAAUGAUUGCACAGACAGCAGUGAUGAAGACGAGGAGCUGUGUGCUAACCACUCCUGCUCACCAGGGAGAUUCAGUUGCAAAAACCACAAGUGCAUUGUUGAUGAUUAUAUCUGCGAUGGAGUACGUCAUUGCUCGGAUGGCUCAGAUGAGGACUCAGAUUUGUGUAUGCUGGUGAACAGGUGUGGGCCGGGAGAAUUCGAGUGCAAGAAUGGUCACUGCAUUGGUAAUGUGAGUGUGUGUAACGGGUUUGAUGACUGCACAGACAACAGCGAUGAACUCAACUGUAACACAGGAUGCAGGUUUGGUGAAUGUUCCCAAAUCUGUAACAUGAAGAUUGAUGGAAACCACACUUGUUCCUGUGCCCCAGGCUACUCUCACAACAGCUACUCCCAAAAAAGGCAGAAGUCUUGUUCAGCUGAUGGUCACCUUGCAUACAUGAUUGUGGCAAAUGAUAAUUUUCUGCAGAAGCUGUCACCAUACAAACAUGGCAACUCAGCUGAAACUCUCCCCCUUACCACACUGGACAGCUCCAUCCGAAUUCACAGUGUUGAUGUGCUGUAUGGGACGAAGCCCAUUGCCUUUUGGAGUAACCUGCACCACCACCAGCUGCAUGCCAUGGAGGUACCCCAGCCCUUUGAGCAGGGCAGCUCAGUGUCCCAGGGCACCACCCAGAACCACUCAUACAUCAUUCAAAAAGAACUCAAUUCACCGAUGGGAGUUGCCGUGGACUGGGUGGCCAAGGUGCUGUACGUCGUCAACUCAGGUGAUAGAACCAUUGUGGCUCUGUCCAUUGAUGGCUCCAAGAAGGUUACCAUCAUCUCCACUGAGACGGAGCGCAUGUAUGAUGUGGUGGUGGAUCCGCUCUCUGGACAACUGUUCUUUGGAGACUGGGGAGUGCCAGCGAUCAAUGUGGCCAAGAUGGAUGGCAGACUGAACAGGCCGCUGGUGGUGAGCAACGUUCUGGCUCCGGCUGGUUUGGCCAUCGACUAUCCAACACGCCGACUCUACUGGGCAGACGUGAAGACCAACAAGGUGGAAACAGUGAAGCUGGACGGCUCGGACAGGCAGCUGGUGAAGCAUUUCAGCCACGAGGAUGGCAUUCCAUUGAGUCUGGAUGUGUUUGAAGACUUUGUAUACUUCACCACCCUGCACACCAACACUGUCAACAACAUCAACAAGUUUGGCAACAACAACCCAGGCAUCAUGCCUAUCUCCCAGCACACCAUGAAGGUCACCGAUGUGCUCAUUGUGCAGGAGCAGAAGCAGGACUACAGGAUCCCCAACCCAUGCACCAAUGCUACGUGUCACUCCACUGCUCUGUGCGUCCUGUCUGGGCCUGGGAGCUACUCUUGUCUAUGCCCUGAUGGCACAGUGAUAGAGACUGUGGGAGAUCACAUAGAGUGUCACUCACUAGUUGCCAGUAAUGGAGCGUGCAAUCAUUUUUGCCUGAAGGGGAAAUGUGUCCUGACUGAGGAGGGCCCUAAGUGCCAGUGUGACCCCAAGUUUGAAGGGGAGCACUGCAACCACUACAGAUGUUCUGACUACUGCAAGAAUGGUGGCUACUGCCAGGUGGAGACUGAGAACCAGCUUUCAUGUCACUGUCAAGGCAACUGGACAGGGCCACUGUGUGAGACUCCCAUGCCCACCUGUGAUAACUUCUGUGAGAACAAUGGCACCUGCCAUGAGCUGAGUGACAAGCCACCAUACUGCACCUGCAAUGCCAUGUUUACAGGUGACCGCUGUGACCAGUGUAAGGCACUCCUCUGUGAAAAUGGAGGCACAUGUCGCUUGAGGGUGAAUGGUACAUACUCUGUCACCCCAAUGUGUUCCUGUGCUCCGGGCUACCAUGGGGUCUCUUGCACCAUGUCUGUCUGUGAUGGCUACUGCAAACAUGGCACCUGUUCAAUCCAAAAUAGGGGGCUUCCCCUCUGCGAGUGCAAGCUGGGAUGGAGCGGCAGAAAAUGCGAUGACUGCAUUAAUAAGACACAAUGUGAAGACUUGUGUGCAGACCUUGAGUGCCUCAAUGGAGGGAACUGCAUCAUGACAGGUCCCCCACAGCCCAGGGCCCGCUGCUCCUGUGUACCAGGCUAUCAUGGAUCAUCCUGCCAGUACUCUGUCUGUGACACCUGCAUCAAUGGCCAGUGUUCUAUCAGGAGUGGCAUGCCACACUGUGAGUGUGACCCGGGCUGGACUGGAAGACUGUGUCAGGACCGAACGUGCCACGAAGGAGAUCAACAUUGUGGCUGCCCUCCUGGCUAUCAUGGCAAGAACUGUGAGCACUAUGUUUGUGACAACUACUGCUACAAGGGUCAGUGUGUGUUGGACGAUGGGGAGCCUGUCUGCCUGUGCCCCCUUGGCUACAGUGGGGACAAAUGCCAACAUAAUGACUGUGAGCACUUUUGCCAUCGUGGAUCAUGUCAGCCCACCAAGAAUGGGCCCACCUGCACCUGUGAGGAGGGGUAUGCGGGGCGGCGGUGCAUGGAGCCCAUUCCCACUGGGCCCUGCAGCCCCUCCCCCUGCCAGAACAGUGGCACAUGUAUGGUGGUGCAGGGCAAGUGGGUAUGCAGCUGUCCCUCUGAGUUCAUGGGGGACAAGUGCCAGUAUAGGACGAAGGCAAAUGAGAAUCCAUGUACCACUCUCACCUGCCUCCAUGGCGGGAUCUGCCAGUCACCUGUACCACAGAUGGAGUUUAGUGCUGCAGUGUGCAAGUGUCAGGGAGGCUGGGCAGGUGACAACUGUGGCAUCCAGACUGUGUGCACGGAUGACUGGUGCUUCAAUGGAGGAACGUGUAGCCCCAACUCAGAGCUAGACAAAGAGCCUCUCUGCGAUUGUCCGGAGGGUCAUUCUGGACUGCGCUGUGAAGUUUCCAAAGACGAGAGGCUUGAGGUUUCUGAUGAGUCAACGACCAACACAGCCACUGUCAUCAUCGGGGUGUUUGUUGCUGUGGUGGUGCUGGUGGUAGCAGUGGUGGUGGCAUGGCUUUUGCAGCGGCAGCGGGCAAAGGGCAUCUCCCAUGUACGUCUGGAGGAGAAUGGCGGCACAGUGGAGAUGACCAACCCUAUGUACAUGCAUGCAUCCAGUGACCAGGAGGAUGACCCCAACCCUGUCUUCUCCCUGCAUGACUCGGUUCCUAUGGCUAACUUGCAGUGUUUUGUGAGCCCCAACCCAGCGCUGCUUGGGGUCUCCUCAUAUGGCGCAUACCACAUUUAUGGUCACUCUGAACACCUUCAAAAACCCAGUGUACGACACUCUCUACAACGAGGCGGCAGCAGCACCGCUCAACCAGGAAGAGAAAACUGGUUUGCUACAAUCGGACCCGCUGGGCGUCCUCGACACAAACGGUCCAACUGGGUCGAAGUCCUAACACCAACUAUCCCACCCAACCCCUCUCACAUCCCUCCCCACCACCACCACCACCACCACCACACCAACAACAACAACAACAACAACAACGGUAGCAGUAGCAGAGCCAAGCAGCCGACUUAUGUGGACCUGUAGGACGCUGAUCAGGAGGUGCUGGAAGGCUUGUCAACGUCUGGAAAAUGUUUUAUUAUAUAUAUAUGAGGAUGUCUUCCUGCGUCUCCUGCACAGGUGAAGACAUGCAUUGGUAACCGUGAAAGAAAAUUAGAAAGAAGGACUUACUUAUUGUGUCUGCAUAGAGAGAAGUAAGAAGGAGAGAAAGAGAGAAGCCAAGGUUAUAAUCAAUUGGUAUUUUGUGGUUGAUCUGAGUCUCUUCUCUUGAAACUGUCACAUAAAAAGAAUAGAAGUGGGCUGCUGCUUGUGAAAGGGAACAAAAAAUAUUAGGAUGUGUGUGUACUUGUGUGUGUGUGGUGGGAAAUAUAGAUUACUCAUGUCCAUACAAAGCAGUGAGAGAGGUUGUGUUUGUGCCAGUGUGAUAUAGUGACUCCUGCCAGAAAUAGCGAUGCUCUAAGAAUUUCACAUUUUCCCAAGCGUGUCAUCAUCCUUCUGUUGUGAAGUCAAGAGUGGUGAGGCAUUACUGUGCAGUGUGUUUAUAUGGUUAGGGAAAUAUGUAUGUAGGGUUUUGAUACCUUAGUGUUUAUGCUUGUAAAUUUGUGCACUACUCUGAGAAUACCCAGUCAUCUUUAAUGCUCACUUGUAUAGUUUUGAUGAUAUUUACAUUAUGGCAGAAUUUUGUAGUACAUAUAACAUUUGGAUGCUGAAUGUUUGCAUGUUUAAUAGUUGGUGUCAGAAUGGUACAAAAACAAAUUAUAUGUCAAAUGAGUGGCUUAGAAUAUGUGAAAAUUUGAAAGACUUUUUACCCAGCUUACUGACACUGACUCAAGUAAAUAAUGUUAAAAAUCAAAGAUGAAUAAAAGGAAGUAAAUGGUAUUAAUUUGUAAAAAAAAUAAAAAUAAAUAAAUAAAAAAAAUAAAUAAAAAAAAAAUGUAAAUCAGUGUGUGUGUGUGUGUGUGUGUGUGUGUGUGUGUGUGUGUGUGUGUGUGUGUGUGUGUGUGUGUGCACUCCAAAGUAGCCUUCAUGAAGAAUGUAGCAGCCAUUCAUCACAUGAAGAGAUGACAGCAAGAAUUAUUCAAUUGUGCAUUUUAAGUUGCAUAGGAACAUAUUUUGUACAUUAUGAUCAUUGAGGCUGGCUUUCUUUAUGACAUUUUCAUUCCAAGUGAAGACUAGUGUGGCCUUGACAAAAAUUCAAAAGAACACACAUCAAAAUACAGUACUAAAUAGAUACUGAUGCUUCUGUGCUGCAUCUGAAAACUGUACAAGUAUGUACCUGUCAACAGAUACAUAUCAACACAGCAAUAGUCUAUAAGCCAGACUCAUGUCCCCAAAGGGAGGUAGAAAACAUUUGUAAAAUGAAGGAAAAAUGGAGGACAGAUGUCUGAGUUUGUGUAAGUGUGUGUGUGUAUUUGUUUAGAGCAGAGCAAAUUUUCCUUUCCAUUUGGUUUUGCCUGCACUGGUGCCAUACUGUACAUACUUCUAUGUAUAAUAUAGUGCAGGAUACAUUGUGUGUGUGUGUGUGUGUGUGUGUGUGUGUGUGUGUGUGUGUGUGUGUGUGUGUGUGUGUGUGUGUGUGUGUGUGUGUGUGUGUGUGUGUGUGUGUGUGAGAGAGAGAGAGAGAGAGAGAGAGAGAGAGAGAGAGAGAGAGAGAGAGAGAGAGAGAGAGAGAGAGAGAGAGAGAGAGAGAGAGAGCUUAAUUAUUUGAAAUAUGCAUGUUGAUAAUUUGGCAGUAAUUUAAAGUACCACAUAAAUUGGAGCAUUUCAAGGUAAGCAAGUACAUAUAUGGUCAUGAUGUGUGAUAUUUAAAUAAGCAUGAAGUUUUGUUAAUUCCUGUGUUCAUGUCAUAGUUUGAAGUGGCUGGUUAUCUGUUGAUAUGUGCCCCACAACAUGCAACUCAGGAGACCUCACUGGUUUCUGGGCCACAGCACUGCACUGCUGUUUAUGCAGUCAUGAUCACAGCAAAACUUUGCUAUUCUGCUCAUUAUGUGGUUAAUGAUUCAGCAGUUUAUGCCACACACCACAAAGUCUCGCCUUUCAUAGUCAUGUACCCAUCCUUUUUUAUACCAAGGUCACAGAAGUGCAGGAAGCUGUGCUUGUGGUGGGCACCUGUUCCUGCUACUAUGUUGCUGACCAUUGUACUCACUGGUUUAUGAAUCAAGACUUAUGUAGAAGUCAUUAUCACUGUCAUUACCAUUAAUUUAAGGAAACGGUAUACCACUAAGAAGGAAAACCAAGUCAAUUUUAUGUAUAUGUAAGUAUCUAUAUGACUAUAAAUAUAUGUACAUUGCACAAGACUUGCAGAAGGAGCAACUAUCCCUAGACUGGCUGCCAGUAUGGUGACCAGUGCUCCCUGCCAAGUGCUGCAGUGUGUGGUGGCAUUCAGUCUGGGGUUCAGCAGUUUGACAAUUUUUCAGUGUUCCAUGUGUGUUGGACAGCUUUAAGUCAGUGGAUCAAGUUUGGCUUCACCCGUUUGGUUGAUUCUCACUGUGUCGAAGGAAAUAAAUUCCUCAUAUACAAAUGUAUGAUCACAAAAUUACAUAUCCACUACAGCAACUGUAAUCUUGGAAUAUUUUAAUAUUGCUUGAGUUUUUGAGUGGUUUUGUUGCAUAUGCAUAUUAGAUCUAGACUGCUGAGUUUGACUUUAUUUCUGCAUUUGUAUGUAAUGCUAUCUGGAGCCACAAUGUUUUUUUUUUUUUUGUUUUUUUUUUGCUUAUGACCAUGAUGUUCCUAUCCUAGCUGUGUGUGUGUGUGUGUGUGUGUGUGUGUGUGUGUGUGUGUGUGUGUGUGUGUGUGUGUGUGUGUGUGUGUGUGUGUGUGUGUGUGUGUGUGUGUGUCAUUCACUUACUGUUGUCUGCUGGUCACCCACCCAGCCAUUUUCAUGUGUGUGUGUGUGUGUGUGUGUGUGUGUGUGUGUGUGUGUGUGUGUGUGUGUGUGUGUGUGUGUGUGUGUGUGUGUGUGUGUGUGUGUAGCUUUGCCACAAGGUACAAGAGUUACAACAUAGAGAAGUACAAGAAGUCAAGAAUCACCAGUGAUAAACAUCCUAGUGUCUUAUGUUCAUGUGCCUCAUCAUUUUUGGCCUCAGACUGGUGAUUCUUGAGGCCAAUUGGCAACUGCAUUGGAUGGAAGGGACAGCAUAAUUCUCCCCUAAGUGUGUGUGUGUGUGUGUGUGUGUGUGUGUGUGUGUGUGUGUGUGUGUGUGUGUGUGUGUGUGUGUGUGUGUGUGUGUGUGUGUGUGUUUGCAGGCUGGAGGGUGCCAGGGGCCAUUCUUCAAUAGUCCUUGUGGAUGGGACAAAUAGUAUUCCUUACUUUUACUCAGAUAUAAUCUUGCAUUUCUAACAUUCUUGAUGAGCUUGGGCACACACUCUGCCUUAUACAGUCAGGGGAAAAAAAUAUUCAUAUUUGGAUCUGUUGGAUUUGGGAAGGAAAAAAAUAAAGUUGUCCAAUGAAUAAAUUGCCUGUGAAACCUGCUGAUGAGUAACUGUGUAUAUCUAGGAGUGCAUAACCUAGUCAGUGUAGCAAGCAAUGAUGCAGCAUAGACUCAGUCACACUCACUGGUGGAGGAAUUGUUUUGCUUGAUGUAGAGUUACCAUGAAAAAUGUCUCCAACAAAGAUAAGGGAAAAAAAGUGUAAUGUGAAGAAAGAAUAUUAAGUGGUACUCUUAAUUUUUCUUAUAUUGAUAAUCAGUUGCAGUGUUUUGAAAGUGAUGAAAGUUUAUCAUGUCCCUAUAUAUGUACAUACAAGGCAUUAUAACAGUGUGCAUUUGCUGAUAAUACAUCAAUAUGACAUACUACAUACAAAAGGCAUAAUAUUAUUUUACAUGACUUUCUUUGUUUUUUUUAAAUUUUUUUCACUAAUGCAAAAAUGAAGAUUGUUUUUGUGCAUGUUCAUUUACUACACAGGACAAUGGGUCUGUGUAUAUCCUGUCUUAAAUUUAGAAGCUGCAGUGGGAUAGCCUUGUAGUCAGUUGAUGGCAUCAUGUAUGUUAAGGGAUGUAGUAUUGUACUACUGAAAGCUGUAUUGUUCAAUGCUGUUGAGACUAACUGUAUUGCAUUUAAUUGAUGUAUGGAAGGAUCUUGAAUGUGUGGUAUUAGGUACUUUUUUUUAAUAUGGAUGAGGGACAGAAGCGCAAGCUACAUGUAUUGCAAGGGAGUGAGAAAAAAAUAACCGUUUUUGUGAUCCACAGUAAAUAAUAUUUGUAGAGUGGUAGGUGAGAUCUGCCCACUGAUUUCAUACAUUUUAGUGUGUUCAGAAAUACAUAAGUCUGUUUAACUCUUUGACUGCUUCUGACAAUGACAUGGUUCUGUGGAACAAAAAUGGAAGCAAUUAAAGGCUUGAAUUUUCCCAGUUGCUCUUUUUGCUGUUAGUUUUGAAAUAAUACUUGAAAUAUGGACCAUAACACAUUUACAGUAUUAAGCUUAACAGGCCACAGCAGUCAAAGGGUUAAGAAGAGUUAGGAAGUAGAAAAGUGGAGUGAAAUGCAGACUUUGGUAAUAAGAGAAAAGAAAAAGUUGUAACACACUAAACUGCCUCAACCAUGACAAGCUGACACCUCUGUGCUGAGUGAAGUCAACACCCGACUCUUCCUCCUUCCCUCUCACACUACCCAGGAGUUGUGUUGAGGUCUUUCCUUCACUUCCCUAUUUGAGCUUAGCAAAGUCACAGGCAGCAGUCAAGUAAGCCACACUCAUUUAUGUUCUCUAGUGUGUUUUCUCUCAGUCUUAAGUCUGAUCUGCCAAUAGUGUUACGGAACAUGACAACUUGUAGCAGCAGAUCAGAGGACAUAGAGAAAAUGCUAAACAGAUUAGAAGUGAGUAUGACAAACAGACUACUGACUGUGACUAUGUUCUCCUCACUUAGCAUGUAUUCUCCCAGUCAGUCAGUCAGUCAGAUAAAUAGAGUGGCUGAAGAAACAAGGAAUAUAUGUUAUUGUGGUGGUAUUGCUGUAGUACAUCAACCAUACUCCUUGUCCUGCCACAGGGAGGGUCUGGCACUAGGUGUGUUUAUAUCAUAAGGAAUGAGUGAUGUCUGCCUAUUUUUAUACAUAAUGAAAAUAACAAUGAUCACUUUAUUAA